ACCCCAAAACUGAAAUCGGAUCCAACUUCCGACCCGACCCGACCCGACCCGCCAUAUUUCAAAAUCCCUAAAUUCCCUCCAAAAUAAAACUCCCCCAAAAUUUGAAUUUACAGUGUUAAUUUUUUCUCCAUAAUGGCUUCGAAAUCUCUAAAACCACCAAAAAUCCCUAAAAAGCAAUGGUCUCUCAACGAUUUCGAGAUCGGAAAACCACUCGGAAAAGGCAAAUUCGGCCGUGUAUACCUCGCCCGCGAAAUCAAGAGUGGAUUUAUAGUUGCGUUGAAGGUGAUAUUCAAGGAGCAAAUAGAGAAAUACAGGCUGCAUCAUCAACUCAGGAGGGAAAUGGAGAUUCAAACGAGUCUUCGCCACCCGAAUGUACUGAGGCUAUAUGGCUGGUUUCAUGAUGAGGAGCGGAUUUACUUGAUUUUGGAGUACGCUCAUGGCGGUGAGCUCUACAGGGAGCUUAGGAAGACCGGUCGCCUGCCUGAGGAACAAGCUGCUGUAUAUAUUGCAAGUCUCACACAAGCACUGGCGUACUGUCAUGAGAAGCAUGUCAUUCACAGGGACAUAAAGCCAGAAAACCUGUUACUUGAUCAUGAG